GUUUGAGAACGGAGGAGAUCAACAAGUAGUGGGGGUCGACUUGAGAAAAAAAUGAUGAAUAUUAAGGUUUCAAAAUUGGAGAGAUGGUAGGCAUCAAUGAUAAUCUGGUGCGAAGAGAGAAAGAGCUCUACCGAGUCUCACACGCGUGGGAGAAAAUCUCAAACGCGGAGAAAAAAAUUCUUUGUUUUUAAUGGCCCGUGAAAAGAUCAGCAUCAGAAGGAGAGGCAUGAAGCGGCGACUAGUUUUUUUCUCUUUUUGAAGGUGACUUAAUAGAUAUUCAUAGGCGGUUGCUCUCUCUCUCUCUCUCUCACACACACACACACACACCACACCCAGAGAAUCCUAAGAAAGAGUUUGUGCCCGCCUUUCUCUUUAAUCUACCGGACCACCACCGAUUCUCUGACUUCUUGGUUGGAGAAAACGCCAUGAACGGCCAGCGAACUCGAACGGACGACCCGUUCCUCCUGAGCUACAACGCCACCGAUCUGCGAAUCGCGUCGGAAUUUCUCUCCAAUUGGCUUCCUUUCCUCUCCAGAGUUCUCUGUGGCCGCUGCACUCGAACCCUCGCAGAUCGCAUUCGAUCCCUUGAUCCAGAAGUUGCCGAGGAUGUGGAAAUCUUGAACAAAGAAGAGAAAAUUGGGAUUUUGAGUUCAAAUGAUGUGGAUUUGAAUGAGAUUCGUAACAAUCAGGACAAUUGGGACUCGAAUUCCCUGGGGAGUUGGAAGGAUGGGGCAGACAUGAAUGAUACGGCAGAUACAAGUUCGCUGGGAAGUUGGAAAGAUGGGGUGAAUGGGUGGUUGGACCCUGUUGGUGAGUCCACCUCGACCAGCAGAAUGACAGGCUCCCCAUCACAUGUUGAAAGCCCGAGAGCAAAAAUGUCAUGGGCUGAUAUGGCGCAGGAAGAUGAGCUUGAGGCAGAGGAAGAGAAUGAAUCAAAUGGGCAUGCGCUUUCAGGAGAGGUGAUAAUGGCAGCUAAGGACAGGCUGAAGCCGGAAUUGUCAAGAGAUGAAAGAGAGUAUAUCCGGUUUAAUAAAGUACAGAGGAAGAAGGAUUUUAUCUCUUUGGAGAGAGUUGAAAGAAAAAUUGUUAACAUUCUUGAUGGACUGGAACUCCACACGGGGGUUUUCAGUGCUGUGGAGCAGAAGAGGAUAGUUGACUUUGUGUAUUCCCUUGAGGAGAAGGGAAAGAAUGGGGAAUUGAAAGCGCGCACAUAUACUGCACCAGAAAAGUGGAUGAGGGGCAAGGGGCGUGUGACCAUCCAAUUUGGUUGCUGUUACAACUACGCUACAGAUAAAAAUGGUAAUCGACCAGGCAUCAUACGGAAUGAAAUUGUGGAUCCUUUACCACAUCUUUUUAAAGUGAUGAUCAGGAGGCUCAUAAGAUGGCAUGUUCUUCCUCCAUCCUGUGUACCUGACAGCUGUAUUGUCAACAUUUAUGAUGUAGGCGACUGCAUACCUCCUCACAUUGACAACCAUCAGUUUGUUCGACCUUUUUGUACUGUUUCAUUUCUGAGUCAGUGUAAUAUUGUCUUUGGAACAAACGUGGAAGUUGUGGGUCCUGGCGAGUUUGCUGGUUCUAGCGAAAUCCCCCUGCCCUUGGGAUCUGUCCUUGUUUUAAAUGGAAAUGGGGCUGAUGUGGCUAAGCAUUGUGUGUCUGCAGUACCCACUAAAAGGAUAUCAAUUACUUUCCGGAAAAUGGAUGAAUCAAAAUGGCCUAUUGGAUUUGUUCCGGAGCCUGAUUUGCAGGGACUUCAACCCUUGUCCUAUGAAGACAGCAGACCAAAAAGUUCGAACAGAUUGAACCCUUCAAAAUCAAAACUUCUUGUGGACAGACAGGAAGGAAGAAGAGUGCCUGAAGGAAGAAGAGAGAAUAGGAGAGACCAAGCGAGGGGUUCAUCCAGAGAGAUGGGCAAUAUGCAGUCAGAGCUUCAUUACUCGACUCGGUAUCAACGAGGGCCCGGUAAUAGGCGGAGGUUCUGGGUGAACUUGGACAGGUGAUGGGUGCAUUGGUGCUGGUAUUCAAGCACAUGCCAGCUGGUCUGUGUCAUAUUAUAGUGUUUUAUUGUUCUUAUGGUGUGGCCUUAUACUUGAGGGUUUGUCAUCAGUUUUCAUUGUCAAUUUUUCCAUCGUAUAUAUAUUCUUGCUAGUGUAUGAUUCAUGUUAUAGAGUAUUGAUUGCUGCUGGGUGAUUCUAAUGCCAGAAAUUUUUGGCUAGUUUUCGAAUUGAAUGUAAAAUUACACGGGUGACUUGAAGCCCAGAAAAGGGUGUCUUAUCUCCAUUUCUUUGAAUGAAAAAUAUUUUUCCGAAAA